CACGAGCGCGGGGUGACGGGCACGAGCGCGGGGUGACGGGCACGAGCGUGAGGAGCCGGAGCCGGAGCCGAGUGAGUGAGGAGCCAAUAUGCCGCCCGUGGACAAGCUGUUGCUGGAGGAGGCGCUGCUGGACAGCCCGCAGACACGGUCCCUGCUGAGUGUGUUUGAGGAAGAUGCGGGCACGUUAACUGAGUUCACAAACCAGCUGUUGCAAGCCAUGCAGAGGGUCUAUGGUGCUCAGAAUGAAAUGAGUAUUGCCACACAACAGCUGUCCAAACAGCUCAUUGCAUAUGAAAAGCAGAACUUUGCCUUGAGUAAAGGGGACGAUGAAGUGAUUUCUACCCUUCACCGCUUUGCCAGAGUUGUGGAUGAGCUAAAUUCUCUCCACACAGAGUUGGCGAAACAAGUUGCUGACACCAUGAUAUUCCCAAUGAUACAGUUCAGGGAAAGAGAUCUCACGGAAGUAAGCACUUUAAAAGAUUUGUUUCUACUUGCUAGUAAUGAACAUGAUGUGGCAAUGGCGAAAUACAGCAAGCUACCCAAGAAAAGAGAAAAUGAAAAGUUGAAGGCGGAGGUGGUAGCAGAAGUAUCAGCUACGAGGAGAAAACAGCAUCAUUCUUCCUUGCAGUAUUACUGUGCCUUAAAUGCGCUGCAGCACAGGAAGCGAGUGGCUAUGCUGGACCCAUUACUUGGCUUCACUCAGGCACAGAUCAACUUUUUCAAGAUGGGAGUGGAGAUGUUUUCCAAGAAAUUGGAUGAUUUUUUGUCUUCUGUUGCAACAAUGGUCCAAAGUAUCCAAGGACAACUGGACACAGAGGCUGAGACUAUGAGACUGACCCAGCAGGAGUUGUUGCUGGCCAGUGAGACCACCUACAUGCCCGACAACAACACCACUACAUCCAAAAAAGCCAACAGGAACCUCCUCCAAAAGGCCGGCUAUCUCAAUAUUCGAACUAAAACCGGCCUGGUGUCGACGUCGUGGGACAGGCUGUACUUCUUCACCCAAGGAGGUAACCUGAUGUGUCAGCCGCGAGGGGCGGUGGCUGGCGGGCUCAUCUUGGACCUGGAUAAUUGUUCCGUCAUGGCUGUCGAUUGUGAAGACAGACGGUACUGCUUUCAGAUUGUGUCACCAUCAGGAAAGAUGAACAUUAUCCUACAAGCAGAAGGCAAGCAAGAGUAUGAAGAGUGGAUUUGCACCAUCAAUAAUAUAUCCAGGCAGAUCUACCUCACUGACAAUCCAGAGGCAAUUGCAAUCAGGCUGAACGAGACAGCAGUGCAAGCAGUGACACCAAUGUCCACGUUUCAGAAGAAACACGAAAGUUUUCGUCCUAAGCAAGUUGAGAGUGAUGGUGCUGAAGCUGCCAGGAGUGAGAAGAGUGUGACUGAAGUCCCAGAAUCAGCAGAUCCACUCAUAAUUCCGGGAACUCCGAUUCGUUUUGACCUGUGUCCAGCAAGUGAAGAUAGUGAACAGUAUCGGUCCAGCAGCGGACGCACAAACCCGUUUGGAGAAUCGUGCCCGGAGAAAGACGCUACUCCAGAAGAUUCCCUGCUGCACCAAGUGUUUACCGUGAGAUUUCUGGGCUCCAUAGAAACGAAAACGGACCAGGGAGAUGAAGUGAUCUACGAGACAAUGCGGCAGGUUCUGGCUGCACGGGCCAUCCAUAACGUCUUCCGUAUGACCGAGUACCAAAUGGUGGUCAGCUCCAGGAGGCUGAGGUUCAUUGAUCCACAAACUCAGAAUACAAUAAGUUUUCCCCUCAGUGACGUGCCUCUAUCUGCCAGCCAUCAAGAUAACAAGAGGUUGAUUGGCUUUGUGGCACGAGCUCCUGACCUGCACAUGGAGAACGGAGCAUCGCUGAACUGCUGCAUCUUUGAAACCAAUGACGAUGGCAACGAGAUAUGUUCCAUUAUAGAUUUCGGAAGGAAGAUUACUCAGGUCGAGAAGGAUCCAGAGGCUUUGGCUGCACUGAUGAAGGCGACAGAACUGAGUGCCGAUGGCAAAUUCUUUCUACUGGGUCAAACGGAUAAAGAUGAAACAGACGCUUGUUUAGAAUCGGAAGCCUAGAUCGAUGUGAAGUGAUGCAGUCUCAGCUAAAAAACAUCUGCACUCCCUAACUCCCUUUCCUUCUCCGAUCUGACUUUGCUUCAAUUUUACACAAGUGAAGCUGUGGGCAAACUAUGUGAAGGCCUUUCUUUUCAGCAGGGGAUACAGAAUCACUAUCAUUUUACCUGUAAUCAGAUGAAUCACAGCUGAUUUACACAUUCACUCACACACUUGCAUUAAUAUUUUAAAAGCCUUAGACCAGUCACACUUCAGAGCUUUGAGGAACCCCAGCCUUUUACAGUCAAAUAGAAAGAUUUGUAUUAAUGACAUCUUUCAAAACCUCAUAUUCGCAAAGUGCUUUUUACUUUACAUUGCAGUGUUGGCUAGAUGUGGUGCUAAGAUUACAGAUCUUACUGUAGGUAAAUUAGCCAAGUUAACCCCAAAAAAGUAUAUUACAAUCGGCUACAUAUUUAACCUGUGUGUGUAUAAUUGUGUGUGUGUGACAGGUUUUUGCAGGAUAGCAAUCUGUGAUAAAGCUGGAGUACUAACCCUGGAGUAUUAUGUUCAGUUAAGUUAAAUACAUCAGUAUUCUUGGUUAGAUGCAUCCUGGAAUUUUAAACAUUGAUUGAUGACAUGUCCUCUUGAGUAAGGAGUGUGAUUUUCACAUCUGCACAGGACAAUGUUCUCAUUUACUCACUUACAAGCUAUGCGUUAAAGAGACUUUAAUCACACAAAGGGGAAGGGUUACAUUUGACAUUGUUGGGACUAGAUUCACAAUACUGAGAACAUUGUUGGUCUCCAAGGAGCUGGGAACAGUUGAAGAAAGGCAGGUGAUACAGACCUUGUGUCAGUGGGUGGGAGAAGAGUGAAUACUGGCAUAUUUAUAAUUGUAAUAUAGUUGUACAUGUGGAGGGGCGGCAGGCUAGGAGGACAGGAGGUGAGGAGCAACUUUAGAGAGGUGUAUAAAACCAUGACAGGAACGAUAGGGUGAAUGCAUAGUCUUUUACCUGGGGAAUCAAUGGGUGAGAGGGGAAAGUAUUAAUAGGAACAUGAGGGAGAACGUCUUCAUUCACAGGGUGUGGGGUAUAUGGAACAGACUGCCACAGGAAGUAGUUGAGGUAGGUGCAAUAGCAGCAUUUAAAAGACUCUUGAUAAGUACGUAGAUAGGAAGCCAAGGGAGAUACAGGCCAAACGGGACUAGUUUAGAUGAGGUGUCUUGGUCGGCAUGAAUGAGUUGAUCAGAAGGGCCUGUUUCCACAUUGUAUGAUGCAUGUCCAUCCCUCCUCUCAGAGCAGCACCAUUUCAAUCCUGCCCCCUCACACAUUACAGGAAGGGAAUAGAUUGCUUGAAUACACUUACACACAGACCUUUUUGAACUAUGAUAAACCAAAAACAUGUAGAUGAGUUCAUGACAUGUACAUACUCCGAACACGUGUUUCUACGCCUUACUUCAGAGAGACUGGACAUGGUAGAGUCGAGCAUUCUAACUCAGUGCACUGCCAGAACUGUCAGCUUUGGGAUAUUAUUGUAGGACUAAUCUUCAUGAACUAACUUCAUAAAAUUGAUAACAACGCCUCCCCAACCCAGGAGAACAAGGGCAGGAUUACUGCACCCAGAGCACAGCAGAGCUCAGAUUCCCUGUCAGGAAGGUGGAGGCGGCAGAAGUUCUCCCUCUUCCACCUCCAUUUACAAUACAGGUGGAUCGAGGCCUAAUGUCUGUGUGGCUGUGAGGAACAGUAGUAAGAAUAGGGCUGCAUGUUUCUGAGCUUUCCACAAACAUUGCACCUCCAAACAGAUGUGACAUUGCACAGCAGGUGUAAAUAACUGCCACUAAUGUAUGAGGCGUGCCCUAGUAUUGCGGCUUUAUUUCUGGUCAUAUCUACUGAUGGACCCACAAAUUGCUGCUAAUGCAACCUCUAAAACAUUGCAAAUAAGAUUGAUAUUUUGCUUUUUGUGGAUAAUAAACAGAAAUCUAGAAAUUAAA